CUGUCUGUUUGUCUAUAUCUCACUCCUCGAACGUCUGUUCGUCCCAGAAACGAUACCAUCUACCCAACGGGCGACGAAGCUGACAGUUGGCCAGAUACACUACUGGACUCUGCUGCCAGGGAAGCUCUAGACUGGACCCCACACUAUGACCUUCCAAAUAUAGUCGACAUCAUGAUCAGAGAUAUCGGGGGAAUCAUUGAAAACGAGAAGAAGAGACAAAACUUGACUUAACACUAGAACUGCAUUUCGUAUUUUUGUAGUUGUUCAAAGAUUUGUACACUAUAAUAAUAUA